AUGGAUCCAUCUGGAACGUAUCAGCAAACCAACAUCAGCAUAGUGAAGGCUUCAUAUGUGAUUGCCCUUCAGGUGGCCAAGGCAAAGAAACCCCAUACGAUUGGUGAAAGCCUUUUGAAACCAUGUAUCGUUGACAGUGUGAGGCUUGUGUUAGGAGAGGAGUCAUCACAGAAGAUGAAACAGAUCUUGUCCAACAACACCAUCAAGAACAAAAUUCCAGAAAUGUCUGAAGACAUUAAGGAAAAUGUGGUGUCAAAGGUAAUAUCAUCGCUCUUUUUUCCCCUUCAAAUUAGUAAGUCCAUGGAUGUCACCAACAUUGCACAACUGCUUGCUUUUUGCCGCUACAUAACUGACAAAGGAAUCGAGGAAGAGUUUAUUUUUUGCUGGCCAUUAGAGAUUACAACAAAGGCAGUUGAUGUAAUGGCAGUAGUUGCAGAUUUCUUUGAAGAGUCGGGAUUGGAUUGGAACAAACCGGAAGGGGAUGGUGGCCCUAAUAUGCUUGGUUCACGAUCAGGAUUCAUUACUCUUGUGAAGCAGAAGCAGCCUGAUUUGAAAGGAACACACUGCAUGAUCCAUAGAGCUCUCCCCUCAAAGACAGUUCCAAAAACCUUCAUGAUGCUCUGA